CGGUUUUGCAUUUGGCGCGAUCGAAACGCUGAAAUGUUACGACUGUGCACGUUGGGAACAGACAUCAGCGCCACACGGUUAGUAAGCUGCACGAGCGAGUGCUGAGAAAGAAGAAAAAGAUGCCUAACCUCCCGCGUUAAUAAUCGAUCGGUUAGAGUCGAGUUGGCUCGUGUCGCGACGCGUACACGCUGUGUCUUGAGGAACGUCGCGGAACAAGAACCAGUAUGGCCGGAGGACCUCAGCUGUUUUCACGUCACUGCCUACGUAUCUGAGAAACGAGAAAAAAGUCUAUAUCGCCAGCACCGCCGCCGUCGUGACCCGACGUUGAAUAAAAAACAGAAGAAAAAUGUCGUCGGUAAAGGUGGCGGUGAGGGUACGACCCUUCAACAAUCGGGAGAUCCACCACGAGGCACAAUGCAUCAUCGAAAUGACCGGCAACACUACUUCGAUAUUGAACCCGAAAGCACCGCCGGGCACCAAAGAUGCGAUCAAGAGUUUCAACUACGAUUAUUCCUAUUUUUCCAUGGACCCAAACGACGUAAAUUAUUCCUCGCAAGUGAUGGUUUACAAAGAUAUCGGCGAGGAGAUGCUGCAACACGCCUUCGAAGGGUACAACGUUUGCAUAUUCGCCUACGGACAGACUGGAGCUGGUAAAUCGUAUACCAUGAUGGGCAAACAAGAAGAGGGUCAAGAGGGUAUAAUACCCCAAAUUUGCAAGGAUCUUUUUAGAAAAAUCGGUUCGAAUACAACCGAGAGUUUGAAGCAUUCGGUGGAAGUCAGUUACAUGGAAAUCUACUGCGAAAGGGUGCGGGAUCUCUUGAAUCCCAAGAACAAAGGAAAUCUCCGUGUACGAGAGCAUCCUCUUCUUGGACCAUACGUCGAAGACCUGUCGAAAUUAGCAGUGAUGUCUUUUGAAGACAUCCAUGAUCUUAUAGACGAGGGUAACAAAGCAAGAACCGUGGCAGCAACAAACAUGAACGAAACUUCGAGCAGAUCCCAUGCUGUAUUCACGAUUUUCUUUACGCAACAAAAACAAGACUCGGCGACCGGGUUGGUGACGGAGAAGGUCAGCAAAAUCUCGUUGGUUGAUUUGGCUGGUUCUGAGAGGGCCGAUUCUACCGGCGCGAAGGGAACGAGGUUAAAGGAGGGUGCCAAUAUCAACAAAAGCUUGACAACCCUCGGGAAGGUCAUCAGUGCUUUGGCCGAAAGCGCGGCUACUAAAAAGAAGAAGAAGGCCGAUUUCAUCCCUUACAGGGAUUCUGUUUUAACGUGGUUGCUACGAGAGAACCUGGGAGGCAACUCUAAAACAGCGAUGAUAGCGGCAGUCAGCCCCGCCGACAUCAAUUACGACGAAACUCUCUCCACUUUACGAUACGCAGAUAGAGCGAAGCAAAUAGUUUGCAAGGCUGUCGUUAACGAGGACGCGAACGCCAAGCUUAUUAGGGAGCUCAAGGAAGAGAUUCAGAAGUUGCGGGAACUCCUCAAACAAGAGAAUAUCGACGUGCAAGAAGGGCCAGAUGGUAAAGUCACAUAUGAAAAGAAAGAAUCUAGGGACGAGAUUAUAAGAGCGAACAAACGCGAGGACGAUGUGAAGGAAUGUCGACCGAGAAUCCCGUCUCACCCGACGUCGGCCAUUGCCGAGGAAGCAGUGGAUCAACUGCAAGCUUCGGAGAAAUUGAUCGCUGAAUUGAACGAAACCUGGGAGGAAAAACUGAAACGAACGGAGCUGAUACGUCUUCAACGCGAGGCGGUGUUCGCCGAAAUGGGCGUUGCCGUGAAAGAGGACGGUGUCACGGUUGGCGUGUUCUCGCCGAAGAAAACUCCCCACCUGGUGAACUUGAACGAGGAUCCUCUUAUGUCCGAGUGUCUGAUCUACUACAUCAAGGAUGGCUUCACGCGUAUCGGUAGCGCCGAGGCUAACAUACCACAAGACAUUCAACUUUGUGGUCCUCACAUACUGAGCGAGCAUUGUGUCUUCGAGAACCACGAGAGCAUCAUCACCCUGAUUCCGAAGAAGGACGCUUUAAUCUACGUUAAUGGACGCGUGGUCACCGAGCCAGUUGUUCUGAAGACCGGAUCGCGUGUCAUUUUAGGGAAGAAUCACGUAUUCAGAUUCAAUCAUCCGGAUCAAGUUCGCGAACGAAGGGAAAAGGGGUCUCCCGCUGAGACGCCUGGAAAUGGAGAGAGAGUCGACUGGAACUUUGCACAAAUCGAAUUGCUGGAAAUGCAGGGGAUCGACCUCAAAGCUGAAAUGGAGAAGAGACUGUUGGUACUGGAGGAACAGUUCCGCAAAGAGAAAGAAGAAGCUGAUCAACUGUUCGAGGAACAAAGAAAAAGCUACGAGGCCCGGAUAGAUGCAUUACAGAGACAAGUGGAGGAGCAAAGCAUGACAAUGUCCAUGUAUAGCAGUUACACACCCGACGAUUUCAACAACAUCGAGGAGGAUAUCUUUGUCAACCCCUUGUUUGACGCAGAGAGCAACUGGUCCGAGAGAGAGUUCCAACUGGCCGCUUGGGCCUUCCGCAAGUGGAAAUAUCAUCAAUUCACAAGUCUUCGAGAUGAUCUCUGGGGCAACGCGAUAUUCCUCAAAGAGGCUAACGCUAUUUCUGUCGAACUCAAAAAGAAGGUUCAAUUCCAGUUUACUUUGCUCACGGAUACGCUUUAUUCGCCGCUUCCUCCGGAUCUUUUACCCAGUGUAGAUGAAGACGAGGAGGAAGAAAGGCCGUUCCCGCGCACGAUUGUUGCCGUUGAAGUUCAAGAUACAAAGAACGGAGCAACACAUUAUUGGACACUUGACAAACUAAGACAGCGCUUGGAGUUGAUGCGACACGUGUACAACGAGGACUCGAGCCCCAGCACCCCGGAGGCCAAAGAGGAUAUUUUCCAAUGCCUAACUGUCUACUCUAAUCCGAAGUUCUCGCUCGCAAAUCUUUUGCCUUCGAGACAAAGACUCGAAUUGAUGCGUGAAAUGUAUCACAACGAGGCUGAACUAUCACCCACAUCUCCAGACUUCAAUAUUGAAUCUAUCACCGGAGGUGAUCCGUUCUACGAUCGUUUUCCAUGGUUCCGGAUGGUUGGAAGGUCUUUUAUAUACUUAAGCAAUCUCAUGUACCCUGUUCCAUUGAUCCACAAAGUAGCGAUAGUCAAUGAAAAGGGAGACGUAAAAGGCUACUUGCGUGUAGCCGUGCAAGCCGUUGUUGAAGAGGAAAACAGCGAGUACUCAAGCGGCGUCAGACAGUCAGCUAGAAUUUCCUUCGAGGAUGAUCUCUUCGGCGGUCACAAGCAAAACAAACGUAACACUCUGUUAACUCAGACGCUGGAAAAGAAUCGACAGAUACUCCUGCACGAGGAGCGCGUCGUGGAGGGUCACAACGAGCAAAAGGACGUGAAAGACGAGGACGAUAUUGGCGACGCUGACAGUGGCAGAGGCGACAGCUCGGUCUCCAGCGACAUGAAAGAGGAAGAUCUGCCAGAUCAUUUGCAACCGGGUUCUGAAUUCAUAUUCAGGGUAACUGUGCUACAAGCUAUGGGUAUCUCCACCGAGUACGCCGAUAUUUUCUGCCAAUUCAAUUUCUUACAUCGACACCACGAAGCCUUUUCAACGGAAACGGUAAAGAAUACGGGAAAAGGAAAUUCUCCUGGAUUUUAUCACGUACAAAAUAUUACGGUCACGGUGACAAAAUCGUUCUUGGAGUACCUCAAAACUCAGCCAAUCGUCUUCGAGGUCUUCGGGCAUUACCAACAACACCCGCUGCAUAAAGAUGCGAAACUGGAAUACAUUCAUCCCAACAGCGUAAGACAGCCACCGAAGAGGAUGCUUCCGCCAUCUAUACCGAUCAGUCAACCCGUACGCUCACCGAAAUUCGGAAGCGUCCUGCCAUCGCCCAGCACAUCGCACGUGCACGCCAAAUACGAUGUAUUGGUCUGGUUCGAAAUAUGCGAACUGGCGCCGAACGGCGAAUACGUGCCAUCUGUGGUCGAUCAUAGCGACGAUCUACCGUGUCGUGGACUUUUCUUGCUUCACCAAGGCAUUCAGCGUCGUAUCCGUAUUACUAUCGUUCACGAGCCCGCAUCCGACUUGCGAUGGAAGGACGUGAGAGAGCUGGUCGUUGGUCGUAUUAGAAACACGCCAGAGCCGGAGGAAGAAGACAACGACUCUUCGGUACUCUCGUUGGGUCUUUUCCCUGGCGAAUAUCUCGAAAUUCCCGGAGACGAUAGAUGUAUGUUCAGAUUCGAGGCAGCGUGGGACAGCUCUCUUCACAAUUCUUCCUUGCUCAACAGAGUUACAGCGUACGGGGAACAAAUCUUCAUGACCAUCUCUGCAUAUCUUGAGUUGGAGAACUGUGGAAGACCGGCAAUAAUUACAAAAGACUUGAGCAUGAUCAUUUACGGCAGAGAUGCCAGAGUAGGACCUCGUUCUCUCAAACAUUUGUUCAGCGGAAGCUACCGCAAUCAGGAAGCUAAUCGGCUCAGUGGCGUCUACGAGUUGGUUCUGCGACGUUCUUCGGAAGCAGGUAGCCCAGGUGUUCAAAGGCGACAACGCCGUGUAUUAGACACAAGUUCCACAUACGUUAGAGGAGAAGAGAACCUCCAUGGAUGGAGACCCCGAGGAGACAGUUUAAUAUUCGAUCACCAAUGGGAAUUGGAGAAAUUGACAAGAUUAGAGGAAGUGGAGAGAGUAAGACAUACGUUACUGUUGCGAGAAAAGCUUGGUAUUGACAAAGUCCCACUCUGCAAUAAAAUACCGCACGAUUUUACAAAGAGCGAAAAGGAGGUUUGCAAUAUGAUGGCGAAAGCGACAAACGAACCACACGCUAGCCCGGUAAAACUUAAACGUUCAACGAGUAAAGAGGUUUACGAGCAUUGCGAGAUGACCGAGAGAGAAAGAGAAUUGGCCACGAAAUACAUAAAACUGAUUCAGGGUCGGAUCCCAAGUAAAGAACCGAUUCUGCUUUCUGACGUUUCACCCGGCGAAGACACUAUGGCUGAUAUGUCAGCAUCCAUGAUGUCUUCGGUGAUAUCGUCCUCGUCUCAAGAGUUGAGUUCGCCGGAGAGGGCUAGACUGCAAGAACUGCAAGAGAGCAUAUUGGCUAGCGAGUCCAACAACCAGACAUGUACCAUCGCCCCGGCUCCGUUAGGUUCCUCGUCUCCGUCGAAGGAAAAUUUGGUGCUCUACGUGCCGGAAGUUGAAGAGAUACGCAUUAGCCCGGUUAUUGCUAGAAAAGGAUACCUAAAUGUUCUCGAACACAAGACUAAUGGAUGGAAGAAACGCUGGGUGGCGGUGCGACGACCUUAUGUUCUAAUUUUUCGGGAAGAAAAAGAUCCGGUAGAGAGAGCUCUGAUCAAUUUAGCUACUGCUCAAGUUGAAUAUUCUGAAGAUCAGUUAGCCAUGGUGAAAGUACCAAAUACUUUCAGUGUUGUUACAAAACAUCGAGGAUAUUUGCUGCAAACUUUAGGGGACAAGGAGGUCUACGACUGGUUAUAUGCUAUUAAUCCUCUCCUUGCUGGUCAAAUCAGGUCGAAACUAGCGCGCAAAGGGCCGACAGCAGCGAAUCUGAAUAACGCUUCGCCAGUCGGUCUAUCUCCGCCUAUAGAUCAACAGUCGAACCAGAACAAGUGAGUGGUCGACACGUUGGCCGAGGUAACGAGCGUCAUCACGAAAGCCUCCGAGAAGAUGCUGUGCUGGUCGCACUCGGCCUUCGAGUCUCAUGAUCUCUGUAGCUUUCGAUUUCCGGUAGUCUUCGAUUAUUAAGCGGCUCGGAAAAGCGUAUCGAUCGGCUACCAGCUUCGACAGCCGCCGAUUAAUAUCCGGACGUCUGAUUUAAGGACCGUCAGCGCUUUCACGCCUGACAAUCGAUUAGAGAAGAAAAACGGAAGUACAUUCGUCUUUUGAAGGAAAUGUUACGCACGUUCGAAUUUAAAAACUAUUACUUUGGGUCGCGAAUUCUUCCACGGGUCCUCUCCGUUCGUUUCGAGAGGAAAAAAAAUGCAAUCGAAACGCAUCAAACGUCGACGAGGUUAUCACCGCGCGAACUCGCGAUACCUUUUACCGUCGUAUUUGAAUUUCUUGAUAUUAGUCGGUUGUGCGAAGCGAUUCUCUAUAAACGCGAAACUGCAUAGAGCGAAGAGGAACGUAUUUUAUGCCUAAAUAAAACAUUCCUAAGACGAUCAUAGAAACAAGGCAAGAGAUAUACACAUUGUAGGUAUACUGAUAUGAAAAGAUGCGUGCGAGAUAAAGCAAGAAAGUGAGGGAGAGAAAGAGAGAGGUGGGACGAAGUCUGGGAAAUUACGAAUUUUUGCAUGUUCAUGUCUGGAGAUAUUAUUACACCGAGGAUGGGUGCGGAUUAUUUCGUACAAGUUAACACGGUGAGCGUUAAGUAAUUGAUAGUGACUCGUUUACGUAUUAAGUUUACAAUUGUGACUGUCGUCUAGAUGGUCAGUUUUCCCUGAUCUUGUUCCGCGUUGUAACAUUUACGCCUUGGACAAUGAACGAUUGAUCAAAAUUUCGCAAUUUAAGCUUCGAUUUUAAUUUAGAAUGUAAAUUCAGUUCUGUUCAGUUCAGUUUUAAGUUUCCUCUUACUAAUGAAAGUCAGUAAUUCGCAAUCUUAUUAAAAAAAAAAUAAUACCGAGACAAAUCAAAUGUUUCUCGGGUGUCGUAACAGUCAUGCAUCUAAAAAGUUGUUAAAUAUCAUGUUUUAUUUAUCGAAAUGUAAUCUGUACUAAUUCUAUGCAGCCCAUUAUUACUUAAUGAGUGAUUCUAUCGUUUUAAGCUCAAAAAUUAUAGUUUUUGCAGCAUCUGCCCAAAAGUUCAGAGAGACGAUUGAUUACUAAUAUGUUAUCUCGCUAAUUUCCCGAGUAGAUCCCGAGGCGGAUUAUUUUCUCGGUAAUUUAUACGCGGUAGUGUACGCAAAAGUGUAUCCCGCUCCUGUUGCCGUUUUUUCUUGCUAACUGUUGUAGAGUCUGAUAGUUAUAUUUUGUUAACGAUGAUAUGCGUAUCGAUGAAGAACGAGAGUCCGUAAACCCAUAAGUUGUACAACACAUCCGUGUACAACUUAACCAUCAGUUGUACAACUUAACCCUUUGAAGCAAAAAUUUAGACGAAUUAACAACACUGAUAACGUCGUUUUUUAUUUUGACAUAAUUUAAUUUAUAGUACUUACAAUAUUAGUUACUGAAAUUGUAAAUUAUUGAUUAUACUUCAUAUUUAUGUAUGUUGCAUUUUUUGUAACAGUAUAGUAGUGUUUCAAAUUGUAAUUGUAAUCCCCAUUUUGGGGAUGCUGUUGCAACAUAGUUGAUUAUUUGUAAUUGUAAAUUGAAUAUGUGGAUGUAUAUGCAUCAUUCAUUCACUUAAUAUUACCAAGUACAUAUAUCUAGCAAUCACAAAUUAUUGUGCGCAUAAUAGUUAAAAUACAAUUCAAAAUGCAAAUAUCUUUUGUUUGGAAUUGUAUUAUUAAAUAGAAUAUUUAAUCGAUUUAAAUUCCCACCGGGUAUACAAAUCAAUUAAUUUAACAUAUUUUAGGUAUGUUUUUUAAAAUAUUUAAUUAUUUAUUUAACAAAAGUUCGUUAUAAAACGCUAUCAAUUUAAUUUCUCAACCUUGUUUGAUGAAAGUAAUGGAUUUCAAAUGAAAAAUUGAAUAAUAAACUGAAAACUUUCCCGAAAUAAGAGAGUGGAUAUUUGAUAAUUUUUCAUCCUUCAAAGUAUAAAAAAAUACAGUGCAAUAUCAUUCGAUCUUAUUUAAUUUUUCUUUUAUUGAGAAUAAUUAAAUAACUUAGCACUUUAUAUUGCUAGAGUGAUGUUCAUGUUUAAUAAUGUACCAAAGAGAUUCUGUAUCCUAUUGGAAAUGGAAGUGAGAGUUCAUGUAAGAUAAAUAUAAGAGACUAGUAGUAAUAGAUGAUAUAAGGAAAAUGAAACAUUUUUCACGAAAUAUUCAUAACAUCUCCAAACAAAUGCAAUUAAAAAUCUGAACCAAAGGAUGUAAGUAGUUUAUUGCAUGUAUCCCUUUUUUCAAAGAUGUUCAUUCUACAUCUACAAAGUAAAUAUACUUUAACAAAUUUAGGAUUAAAACGAAGACUUGUAAGAUGCGUUUUUACACGAUGAAACAAAAGUAAUCAAUGCAUAAUUAAGCUAUACCUUUUUUUCAAAUACACAAGAGAACGCCUACAAACUGUACAAGGGUAUGAAGUAUAUGGGCGCAUGCAAUACUUAUUGAUAUUACUUAUAAUGUACAGUAUUUAAAUUUUAAUCUUAUUUUUUAUGUAUAAUUUAUUUAUUAUGUAAUGUAUGUAACAAAUUGAGUAUGGAAGUGAAACAAAGGUAAAAUUACAACGGUUAUGGCACUGUAACCACCAUUGCUUCAGGGGGUUAAUGUCUUAAUUUAUAACGUCGUAAGAAAUACGAAGUAAUUGGAAAGAAAAUGAAGAAAGAUGGACGAUGAAAAUGAAUGAUGGUAAAAGGAAAACGAUAUGAGCGUUUAUUGAAACGCAAAACGCCGUUGGUAAGAUUAAUAAUCAUUGUUGUUAUUAGGAGUCAAAAUACGGAAUUAACGAGAAUGAUUCAAGAGCGAGAGAGAGAGAAAGAAAGGAAGGACGUAAAAAAAAGAGAGAAUGAGUAAGCGCGCAAGAGUGAGUACGAAAGAAUAUGUUUGCUUAUACAUAUAUUAUAUAAGAUGUGUAUAUGUGUAUGCAUAAAUGCAUAUCUAUGAUGUAUGUAUGUGUACACACAUACGUACCUUACAAGUGAAGUAUAUUAUAUAAAUAUAUAAAUAAAUUUAAUAUUAACGUAAGCAUUUUGUCAAAUGUCAAUGAUCAUCCGGAAAAUGUAUGAAGAAAGGUUAACGAUGAUUUGAUCUGUACCAAGUAUGUAAGUUCAUAUACUUGUUUGUAAGUUACCUAAAAAUCUAUUGCGAAAACGUUUUCAUUUCUGGUCGUUUGCUAUGAGAAACAUGCAUCGAUGCUGUAACUUGUAUUUAUUAUUAUUAUUCGAUUUUCGCUAGGCUCACUGUAAGUGGUAACGUGUAAUAAAUCGGUCAAUAAAAAGCUUAUAUGCUUAAAGGAUUCUUUUCACAGCAUACCCGCUUUUUAAG